AUGGCUGAUAUUACUGAUAAGACAGCUGAACAAUUGGAAAACUUGAGUAUUCAAGAUGACCAAAAGCAAGCCGCCACUGGUUCAGAAAGCCAAUCUGUUGAAAACUCUUCUGCAUCAUUAUAUGUUGGUGACUUAGAGCCUUCUGUUUCCGAAGCCCACCUAUAUGAUAUCUUCUCUCCAAUCGGUUCAGUCUCCUCCAUCCGUGUCUGUCGUGAUGCCAUCACCAAGACUUCUUUGGGUUAUGCUUAUGUCAACUUUAACGAUCAUGAAGCCGGCAGAAAAGCAAUUGAGCAAUUGAACUACACUCCAAUCAAGGGUAGAUUAUGCCGUAUUAUGUGGUCUCAACGUGACCCAUCAUUGAGAAAGAAGGGAUCUGGUAACAUCUUUAUCAAGAACUUGCAUCCUGAUAUCGACAACAAGGCUUUGUAUGAUACUUUUUCUGUCUUUGGUGACAUCUUGUCCAGUAAGAUUGCCACCGACGAAAACGGAAAAUCCAAGGGUUUUGGGUUUGUUCACUUCGAAGAAGAAGGUGCUGCCAAGGAAGCUAUUGAUGCUUUGAAUGGUAUGCUAUUGAACGGUCAAGAAAUCUAUGUUGCUCCUCACUUGUCCAGAAAGGAACGCGACUCCCAAUUGGAAGAGACUAAGGCACACUACACUAACCUUUAUGUGAAAAACAUUAACUCUGAAACUACUGACGAACAAUUCCAAGAAUUGUUUGCCAAAUUUGGUCCAAUUGUUUCUGCCUCUUUGGAAAAAGAUGCUGAUGGAAAAUUGAAAGGUUUCGGGUUUGUUAACUACGAAAAACAUGAAGACGCUGUGAAAGCUGUUGAAACUUUGAAUGACUCUGAGUUAAAUGGUGAAAAGUUAUACGUCGGUCGUGCCCAAAAGAAGAACGAACGUAUGCAUGUUUUGAAGAAGCAAUACGAAGCCUACAGAUUGGAAAAGAUGGCUAAAUAUCAGGGUGUUAAUUUGUUUGUCAAAAACUUGGAUGACAGCGUUGAUGAUGAAAAAUUGGAAGAAGAAUUUGCCCCAUACGGUACCAUCACUUCUGCCAAGGUUAUGAGAACCGAAAACGGUAAGUCUAAGGGUUUUGGUUUCGUCUGUUUCUCCACUCCAGAGGAAGCUACUAAGGCCAUUACUGAAAAGAACCAACAAAUUGUUGCUGGCAAGCCAUUAUACGUUGCCAUUGCUCAAAGGAAGGACGUAAGACGUUCCCAAUUGGCUCAACAAAUCCAAGCCAGAAAUCAAAUGAGAUACCAGCAAGCUACUGCUGCCGCUGCCGCUGCCGCUGCCGGUAUGCCAGGUCAAUUCAUGCCUCCAAUGUUCUAUGGUGUCAUGCCACCAAGAGGUGUUCCAUUCAACGGUCCAAACCCACAACAAAUGAACCCAAUGGGCGGUAUGCCAAAGAACGGCAUGCCACCUCAAUUCAGAAAUGGCCCAGUUUACGGUGUUCCUCCACAAGGUGGUUUCCCAAGAAAUGCCAAUGAUAACAACCAAUUUUAUCAACAAAAGCAAAGACAAGCUUUGGGUGAACAAUUAUACAAGAAAGUUUCUGCUAAGACUUCAAAUGAAGAAGCAGCUGGUAAAAUUACUGGUAUGAUUUUGGAUUUGCCACCUCAAGAGGUCUUCCCAUUGUUGGAAAACGAUGAAUUGUUUGAACAACACUACAAAGAAGCUUCUGCUGCUUAUGAAUCUUUCAAGAAGGAGCAAGAACAACAAACUGAGCAAGCUUAA